AUCAAAUACAAUUUCAAUUCUUUGUUUCAGCGUGGGAAAGCAGGCCCAUUGGCGAGAAGGGGAGUCCAGCUUGGGAAUGAAGAAUGCAUGGCUGCAAUGGUCAGAUACAUCCCAGUUCCAGAUAGCCUCCACCCUGCAGUAGGAACCUACCCCAUGAUGAGCACAGGCCCACCAGGAAAAGGGACCCCAUCAAGAAAGAUGAAUGGGCAUCUGAAUAAAGGGCGAGGACAUUCAGGUUGGGGUGGGCCAUACCACCAGCAUCCCUCAAGACAGGGGAGGGUCACACGGUGGUCAUACUACCAUGAGGGGGAUGUGGAAGUUCCAGAGAUUUGUGUUUACUCAAUUGAGAAUCGCUGCAUGCACGAAGCUACUGGAUGUGUGAGACUCCAUGCAAAGUGUACUUCACAGUGGCAGCUGAUGGACAAAGGCCGUUGGUAUAACUUCCGUAACUUUCAUUCUAUAGAGAUUGAGACAGCAUUUGAAGAUGUGACAAAAGAUAGAGUGAGUCUCAGCAUUGUAAAUCCAGCCAUGCUAGGCAAGGCUGGUCAAGGUAUGCUUAAACUUAUGGGAACAUUUCAAUGGGAAGUAGACUUUAAUGUUAUGGUUUUGAAAAGAUCUGAUGGCAAAAGGAACUUCAAGAUUCGGAGGGUAUCAACUCAGUCUGCAGCUAUCUCCAAGAGUGCCAAAGCCACAACCUUUGAAUGGUACUUCUUAGAUGCAAACAGUAAAUGGGUGAAGUAUGGACAAGUAGAUACACUUGGCAGGGCUGAUAUGGUAACACAGAUAACCAGUGAAGAGAUUGAAUCUAAGUUUAUACCUGGACCAGACACAGCAAUUUUGUUCAGUAACUCCAAAUUUCAGUAUCAGUUAGACUUCACAGCAAUGACACAAACAAAUCUAUCGACAGGAAAAGUAAGGGUUGUUCGUAGGAGACCUGUGAAGAAACAAAGCACAAAACAUAAUUCAAAGACAACCGGACAAAAUAGCAACACAAAUCAGGAACUUCCAGUUACAUGGGAUAAAAUGAGGGAUGGUGAUAAGAUGACUUUGGUUGCCCUAAGUGAAACUAGUCAGGAGUACAGAGAUGUUAUGACAAGCAUUCUUUCAACUAUCCCUAAUGUAAGACCAUUAAGCAUCAAACGAAUACAAAGCCCUUUUCUCUGGCAACCCUUCAAGAACAAAGAAAAAGAACUUACCAUCAAGUAUGGAGGAGAAAAAAAACUCAAUAUACAAAAGCUUUUCCAUGGAACCAAGUCAGAGCACGUUGAUAACAUAUGCAGAGAAAACAUUGACUGGCGACUUCAUGGUUCGAAUAUUGCCCAGUUAUAUGGACAGGGAACCUACUUCUCUAAUAGCGCUGCCUGUGCCCAUGGUUAUAGCACCCCUGAUGCUUUUGGACACCGAUUUCUCAUGGUAGCCGAAGUUAUUAUUGGACAGAUAGCUAAAGGGGAUCCUUCAAUGAAAAGGCCCCCAAAGAAUCCAACCACAGGGGAACUUUAUGACACUACAGUAGAUAAUGUAAAUUCCCCAAAGGUCUUUGUAAAAUAUGACAAGCAGGAAUAUUGCCCUUUCUAUAUCAUAGAGCUCUCCUAGGUAACUUGAAAAAGAAAUAUCUAAAUAGAUUUAUUAAUUUCUUGCAGUUGUAAGUAGGCUGUAGAACUAAUGCAGUUAGAAUAUGAAGCUAUGAAUUUAACUGUAUUGAUGUCUAAGAACCAUCUUUCAUUUUGAUCAUUUGAUAUUCUUUUCAGAAAUAGAUAACCAUUGAAAAAUACAGGCCUUAUGUGUAUAUAUGUAACUAUUGAUGAUUGUGCAAGCUAUUUCUAAUGAGUUUCUAGAGUUAAUCAUACUCUUGAAGUAUGAUUAACUUGUAAACUUCCACUUGUAAAAUCAGUGCAUCUUAACCCAUUGCCACCAGGGAAAAUUAAUAAAAAUCGCAAAAAUGCUGUGCUCAUUUUUUAAUAUUUUUUUGUGAAAUGCCUCUACACAUAGAUGGCUCUGCCUUAUUUGAUUUAACCUACCUUGAAUUGCCGGGGAAAUGUAUUUUUUACUAGUGCUAUGAAUAUUGAUGGUGUUUUUUUUAUUAUAAACAUUUUAAUUACUAUAAUGUUAUAAACAUUAGUAAUAACAAAAUAAGAUAACGUAAAAUAAUUUUGAAAAGGUAAAAGUAAAAGGGCAAGACAAGCAGUACUCGUAAUUGGCUCAUUGGUGGCUUAGUACAAGCGUAGCCAUCUAUGUGUAAAACAAUCAAAUAAGUAAACUCCCAGUGGGCAUGGCAUGGCAUGCCCAUCGGCAAUGGGUUAAUUGAUGAUGUUUGCAAUUAUUUCCACAAAUUUACAUAAAAGAUGAUGUCAUAUUGCAAUGCAGCUUUUCAGGGCUUGAACAUUCUAAUGAGAAUGUUAGAAUUGUAAUCUAAAUAAUUCAAAGUGAGAUGGUUAGACUAAUCUAGAGUGUGUGUAUGUUUACCUUACUGCCAGUAUGGCAGUAUAGUGUACUAUUUCAGAUACAUUAAAAUUACUGAUAGGAAAAUUAAAAUUACUGAUAGGAAAAAUAAAUAUUUUAUGGAUAGAUCUAAAAAUAAAAACAGAGGCACUGUAUAAAAACAUUUGUGCAGAUCUCUCUAAA